AUGUCGCGCCCAGCACCAUCACAAGGGUAUGGAUCAACACGUGAUCGGCCAAGGUCGGGACGACCAAGAGUAACCACACCCGCCCAAGAUCACUACAUCCGACUGCGCCACCUACGUGAGAGGGCGACAACAGCCACUCCAUUCGAUCUCAAAUUCCCGGACUGCGUAGAAUAUCCGACCAGGCCCAAGCUCGACCAACCAAUCACCCAACUCAGCAAGCUCGACCACCCAAUCAGCCAACUCAGCAAGCUCGACCACCCAAUCAGCCAACUCAGCAAGCUCAGCGAACCAAUUAGCCAACCCAGCAAGCUCGACCACCCAAUCAGCCAACUCAGCGAACUCGACCACCCAAUCAGCCAACUCAGCAAGCUCGACGAACCAAUUAGCCAACCCAGCAAGCUCGACCACCCAAUCAGCCAACUCAGCAAGCUCGACCACCCAAUCAGCCAACUCAGCAAGCUCGACGAACCAAUUAGCCAACCCAGCAAGCUCGACCACCCAAUCAGCCAACUCAGCGAACUCGACCACCCAAUCAGCCACCCCAGCAAGCUCGACCACCCAAUCAGCCACCCCAGCAAGCUCGACCACCCAUUCAGCCAACUCAGCAAGCCUGACCACCCAAUCAGCCAACCCAGCAGGCUCGACCACCCAAUCAGCCAACCCAGCAAGCUCAACCACCCAAUACCCCGACACAGCAGACUCGACCAUCCAAUCAGCCAGCGCAGCAAGCCUGACCAGCCAGCCCAGCAAGCUCGACCACCCAAUCAGCCAACUCAGCAAGCUCGACCACAAAAUCAGCCAACCCAGCAAGCUCGACCAUCAAAACCCCAACACAGCAAGCUCGACCAUCCAAUCAGCCACCCCAGCAAGCUCGAUCACUCAUUCAGCCAACUCAGCAAGCCUGACCACCCAAUCAGCCAACCCAGCAAGCUCGACCACCCAAAACCCCAACUCAGCAAGCCUGACCACCCAAUCAGCCAACCCAGCAAGCUCGACCACCCAAAACCCCAACACAGCAGACUCGACCACCCAAUCAGCCAGCCCAGCAAGCCUGACCAUCCAAUCAGCCAACUCAGCUAG